UGCUUUGCCAAACGUUUUGAGAGCAUUACAAAGUGGGCUUCAAUAGAUUUCUCAGAGGUGCUCUGGCUAGAGUCAUUUCAUCUUCGAGAUAAGAUCCAAAAGAUGCGUAGAGUAAAAAUAGUACAACAAGCAACAGACCUCCUGGAUUUUCGACGGUACAAGAAAACAGGAAGGAAUGAGAAGGGAAAAGGUGAUUGCGCGGAAGGAGUUGAGCUGAAGAAGUCGUGGAAACAAAAUGUUUCUGAAGGUGAAAAAGCGCUGAAGAAUUUAGCAGCGGAUAAAGUUGGCAACCGCAGCGGUCAAUGGACUGUCGACGAAAUUAAAAGCAUAGUUACUGUUAAAAAUUUAUGUUCUUGCAGUGAUCCUAUAUCGACAGCUUUUAAGGUUAACAGUAACUUGCGGGUUUUGGCAAAAUCGUACAUAGAGAAUACCGAGACCCUAAACAAUCUUGCAGACCAGACAGAGGAUUUUGCUGUGCAGCUCAUCGAUCAGGUUAAUGGCAGUGAGCAGCUUGCAUUGCAAGACGUACCGGGAAACGUUGAUCGCUGUGCCUCGAUGCUCAGUGGCAUGACGGAUAAGGCAAUUGAAUAUUCUCAAAAGAAAUUUGUUGCACAUCCUUUAUUGUACAAGAGACUACAAAUGAGAUGGAAUCUUGGAAUACCUAAGGUUUUAAAGCCUCGUGAAAAGUUUCGACCUUUUCUGUGCCUGCUGAUACUGAUAGACACGAUCCUCACUCCAUUUCUGCUUCCGAUUAUUGGAUAUGCUUUUUACCAUGACCAAAAAGAGAGGCGUGUGAGGUCACAAGAACAAAGAGGAAAAUCGCGUACGGGUGUGAAAAGAUCACGAUUGAGUAUCAUAGAUUCUUACCUGAAUUACCUGACUUCUCCCUUUGUCUUGUUUAUAAAAGACAAGCUAACCCAAGUGGUAUUUAUAGCAUUUCACUGCAUAGUCUGCACUUCGGAUUCUCAGAUCGCAAUAACAUACGAAGAGUACAUAAUUUUCUUUUUCUUCUGUGGCAUGAUCCUGAGUGAAUUCCAGCAGUACAAGCGGUCGCAACUGAAAUAUUUCAAGGACAUGUGGAACUACGUGGAUGUCCUGACUCUCUUUAUCUACAUCCUGAUUGUCUUGACGCGCAUUGCGACGAUUAUCCGCGGAGGCGAAACUUAUGAUAAUGACCUGUUAGAAACUGCCAACAUCCUCUAUGGCGUAAAUACCAUGUUAUUGGUAUUGCGCUUCUCCAGUAUCCUGGAGGUUAACUCAUUUGUUGGUCCAUUGCAGUUGGCUUUAUUUCGGAUGAUUCUUGACUUACUCACCAUACUUAUGCAGUUUGCUUUCUUGGUCGCCGCGUUUUCGUUGGCCAUAACAAAGGUUUCCAAUGCAGAUCUCUUCAAAUUGGGUUACGGCGCCAACGAUACUAGUGGUGAAACCAACUUAGCACCGUAUUGCGACCAAGUAGGGGCAUUAGAGUGCCUGUACAAGACAUCUGGACACCUUAUAUGGUCAGUGUUUGGUCUAACUGAAUUGAAUAAGCUGAAUACCACUGAUCGUCUCGCCUUCUUAGUCACCAGAGGUCUAUACUUGGUUUUCCUUAUUUUGACCGUUAUCAUGCUGAUCAACAUGCUUGUGGCCUUACUUUCCAAGACUUAUGACAAUAUUACGAACAAUGCGGAAGUUGAGUGGAAAUUUUCACGCGCUGUUGUGGAAAACCAGUACAGGAAUCUUCACUCUAUUGUGGUACCGUUCAACCUGCUAUCUGUUCCAGUAGCACUCCUUUACAUUCGUUUGCAUGGUAAUCCUCGUGAAGAGGAUGCAAAAGACCGUCGAAAACAAUACAAGAAUUUUUAUCGCGAGCGUCUGUUUCCACUGCUUACUAAAAGGUAUCUCGAAAAAUAUGGUGGAGCGUUUCCAUUGUCAGUUGAUGACAAGAUCGACCUGAUAAUGCAGAAUUUGAAAAUUUCGCCCUUAAAUGAGGAAAACAAUGCCAGAAGCGUUGGGGAAGGUGAUUUGGAUAAUUUUCCCGUACCAGAGAACAGCCAGAUGCCGACUUCAUCAACCAAAUUUACCAAAUUCACAGCACCAAUCAACGAUGUAUAGCUCGCCUAGCAAUCUAGUUCUAUAUCACGUCUAAAACUCUCUAACUUUCAGUUGUUUCGAUUUUUAUUUGGCUCCUAAAGAAAUAUUUUAUCUUAGUUUGCUCUUCAGCUCUAGCUCAUAUAAUUCUAAACGUAAUCAUGUAGUAUAUGUUGCCAUGAACUUGAUCAGGUCUCUUUCACUUAGUCUGUUUUCCAGCGAACCACAAUGCGGACUUCGUCUGCUAGCUUUCAAAACGCCGUUUAUUGAAAGUAGAAAGGCUAAUCUCCCUUACAGUUAUCUGUAUCCCUUUCCCCCCUCUUGAAACUUAAAACUUAUUAAAAAAAUUUAAGUAUUCAUGUUUCGGGACGAUGGGGAAGGGGAAGAAGAGGGAGAAGAGGGAGGCGAUCAAAGUGUGUCAUGGACUGCAAAAAUACGUAAAAGAAAAGUGGAAAAUACUUGGAAAUUCGAGGGUUAAAAUGAUUAUGAGCUAGAUAUAAAUAAAAAGUUCAUCAAUGUUAUGAAAAACUGUUUUUUAAUUUUGAAAUUAGAGCCAUCGAUGCUGGGAACAUAAAUCCGACGCUUGUAAGACCCAGGCUAUAAUUAAAUACAAACUAAAUAUCGAUAAGCACCUCUAACUUUAGAACAGAGAGUUUCGGAAAUAUCAAGUCAUUAAUCAUGUGAGCCUUAUCUUGAUUUUCUCGUUAAACUACGUGUAUAAUGAUGUAUAGUAGAAAGGACGCAUUCAUUCAGAGGAGAUAAACGUGUGAUCCACCACUCGAUACAAUUUGCGUGAUCUAUACCCUUCCGGCCAAUAUAGGCGUCCACAAGAGACGGGCUAACGGCCUAUAUCAUCAAGGCUUCUGUUUCUUUAGGCAUGAAACGAAUAAGAGUUCUUCGACCGGCCCUGAAUCAAAUGGGGCGCUAAUCCGUGACCGCAGGUGACUAUUACGUUAGCGUUUCACCCUCCACUCCGCUAUUGCAGAUAUAUCUCAGGAAUACCAUGUUUUGCCCAUAAAUUAUCAUCCUCUGAAUGAAAACUUCCGCGUCAACUUGUGAAUAAACUGAUUAACAGACAGCAAACACGUGGAUAUUAAAAAUUAUUGAGAGCGACAAAUGAAAUUAUUUAUAGUGGAAUGUGGUUCCUGAUGUAGCAAAUUACCUGCUGCAGCACAGUUAAUUAGGUAAUCUUCAAUUAAUGUUCAAAUUACCAUCUAUAUUAGGAAAUACGUAUUCUAGUUUAGUGUCUACUUUUCUUCAGUAGUUCAUAGUACCUUGAUAUUAGAUUGAGCUUUGUUCUUAAGUUAAUCUUUCAAAAGUUAUACACUAUAAAAAACUGUAACAAAACUAGGGUUAAAUAAGAAAAGAGGGUGGCAAAGGUUUUAAACGCAACGCAUGAUUACACCAAAAAUUGAUAGGCGACGCGGGAAUUUUUACAGCAAAGCAAUGUAAGGUGAGAUUUGAAUUUUCCUCUUCUAGAUUCUUAGAGCAUGAAACAUUGUUUAAAUUACACGCGACGCAUGGAUUUUACCAACAUCCAUGCGUGAAACGGCACCUGGUAACCCCCCCCCCCCUCCCUUCGAUCCCCUUCGCUACCCUCAACAAAGAGAGAUGACAUCUACUCGAUCAAUUUAGAAACCCGAAACUUAAAGGCGCAAAAAAUCACAAGACUUGCACAUAGGCCAAGAAUAGUCAGAAACAUAACAAAAAAAUGAAUAAAUGAAGAAUAAAGA